AAGGAACAAUGAUACAAAACUUCUAUUUUUCACUUUUAUAAUGAUGAUUUAUAUCACAUAUAGGAAUUUAAAAUCAAAGCAUUAUGUACAAAAGCCCAUACAAAGACAAACAUUACGGUUGAUAGUGCUGACAUUAAACCGAGCAGACUCACUGAAAAAGUGCCUGAAUUCAAUCAACGAAGCAAACUAUAUAGGUUUUCAGGUAAUCCUGGAUAUAUGGAUAGACAGGUCAACAGAGAUGGAGGUUGACCAAGAUACUUUAGAAACUGCUCAAAAGUUCAAUUUCAUUCAUGGUGAGAAAAUAGUUCAUGUACAUAAAGAGCAUGUUGGUCUUUAUGGGCAAUGGAUCAAUACGUGGACGCCAGAUCCAGCAAUGAGAGAAAUUGGUCUCAUUCUGGAAGACGAUGUUGACUUGAGCGUUCAUUUUCUCCAUUGGCUUAAACAAGCAAAUGCCAUAUAUGGUCGUGAUCCAAGAAUCAGCGGAAUUUCUCUUUCGACAAUAUACCCAGAUAUGUUAGCUGCUUCCGCCAGAUAUCUAGCUGUCCAAUCAGAGUUCAAUCAUUACCUGUACAAAAUAUCUGGCACUUGGGGUUUCAGCCCGAAUCCGCACCACUGGUCCAAAUUUCAAAAAUGGUUUCACGAAAUACGGAAAAAUGCAACGUUUAAGCCUUACGUCGAAAAUUUACACCAGACAGAUGCGUACCAACGUCUUGAAGAGAAGGGCAAGGAGGGCUCCAUGUGGUCGAUGUGGUGGAUUUAUUACAUGCAUACACAUGGUCUACACUGUGUGUUCCCAAACCUCCCAGACGGGCAAGUCUUCGCUCAACACCGACAGGAGAGGGGGCUACACUAUAACAGACAGCGUGACACAUGGGAAGACCACUUAGUAAAACAAUGGAAUAUCUCAUACAUCGAUUUUUUCGGACCUGUACCAAAGUAUGAUUACAAAGGAAGAAUGUCGAUCUAUAGAUACUAAAAAAAAUCUAUGCAAAAUAAAUGCUAAAAAUAUUACACAUUUUAUUAUUUACAAUGUAUACAAUCUCUGGAACAAAAGUAGAUAUAGGGACUCAGGAUUGCCUUCCUGUCAAAUUGUAAAUAAGAUCAGUUACCCUACACGCAGAAUCUAGAUAUAAACUAUCCUCUACCUAGUAUAGAGUAUAUUACAGUUUAGGAGCCCCACCUCAAAGAUUAGUGCCUGAGUAUGACAGCCCAGGUAAUAAAUCAUUUCAAAGAUACCAUGCUGACCCUUUCUCAACCAAUCAGCGAUGUGGAAGGUACACAUGCUAAAUAGUCGUGUUCAUUAACUAUGCGGUGAUGUCAGAGGAAAUGACCAUAUAGAAAGUUGUCCGUAUUUCGACGACAAACUCUGAUUGGCUUCAGGGAUCUGAUCUUCAGAGAUUCAUUGUUAACUGAAAGAGUAAAGACGAAGCUCUCUUUUAAAAAGUGAAGCCGAAUGAAUACAAAGGGUAGAGAUCAGUAAGUCUUAUAAACAGAAAUGAACAUAACUUAUGACAUGUGCUUGUGUUCUUAUACCUAUGUCUCUUAAUUAGCAGUACAGCUACAUGCACAUCUAAUUAGGGAUAUUAUAUCAUAACAUGCUCAAAUUUCAAUCAGAUAUGUACAUUCAUCUCACAGGUGUAGUUAGAUCAUUUUGCCAGUAUACAUACAAGUACAGUAUAUG